AUGAAAGCUCAAGCAAUGGCAGAUCAUUUGGCAAAGAACCCUAUUGAUGAAGAAUAUGAACCGCUUAAAACCUAUUUUCCAGAUGAAGAGAUAUUGUGUAUCGAUGAAGUUAUUCACGAUAACGAUCAAGGUUGGAAGUUAUUCUUUGAUGGUGCCUCUAACAAGAAAGGAGUUGGAAUAGGAGCUGUUCUUAUGUCUGAAUCAGGGGAAUAUUACCCUAUAUCAGCCCAACUUAGAUUCUAUUGUACUAAUAAUAUGUCUGAGUACGAAGCGUGCAUUUUGGGUCUGAGGUUAGCUGUUGACAUGGGCAUCCAAGAAUUGUUAGUGUUAGGAGACUCAAACUUACUAGUUCAUCAAAUUCAAGGAGAAUGGGAAACUCGAGACCCAAAGUUGAUACCAUAUCAACACUGUUUACAAGGUCUUUGUCAACGAUUCGUGUCGAUAAAGUUUAAACACAUUCCCCGAAUGCACAAUGAGAUUGCAGAUGCAUUGGCCACUUUGUCUUCGAUGCUCCAACACCCUGAUAACGCCCAUAUCGACCCUUUAUACAUACAAAUUCGUGAUCAACAUGCCUAUUGCAACAUGAUUGAGGAGGAAUUUUAUGGUAACCCUUGGUUUCAUGAUAUCAAAACUUAUCUUCAGUCUGGAGAAUGUCCGUCAGAUGUAACUAGUAAUCAAAAAAGGACUAUUCGACGACUAGCAAGGGGUUUUUUCUUAAGCGGAGGCAUACUGUACAAGAAGAUACCCGAUUUAGGUCUUCUAAGGUGUGUAAAUGCUCAAGAGGCUUCCACAAUCAUGAUUGAAGUACACUCAUGA